AUGCCGUCUCUAUUAAACGAUGCAGUCAAGCUACCCUGCGGCUUGGUCUUUCCCAAUCGCUUGUCCAAAGCGGCCAUGGCCGAAAACCUAGCGACGUCAGACAGCAACCCGAAUGAGAACUUCAACCUGGCCUACAACAGGUGGAGCGAUGGAGGAUGGGGAAUGAUCAUGACAGGAAACGUGCAAGUCGACGUUGACCACCUCGGAAACUUCAAAGACCCUGCCGUGCAAACCGACUACGAAACCAAGAGUUCCAAAUUAUGGAAAGCAUACGCCGCAGCAAGCCAGAAGCAUGGCAGCCCUACAAUUGUGCAGCUCGCCCACCCGGGAAGACAAUCGCUCCGUGGAGCUGGGCGCAGAGGACUCUUUGCUCCGACAAUUGCACCAAGCGCGAUUCCGCUGACUAUUGGUAAUAACUUUCUGGAUUCUGUUAUUACCUCCCUGGCAUUUCCUAGGCCGAGAGAGAUGACCCAGAAAGACAUAAAUACUGUGAUUCGUCUGUUUGUGGAUUCUGCGCGUUUUAUAGCAGAGAGUGGGUUUUCGGGUAUUGAGUUGCAUGCAGCGCAUGGAUAUCUUCUAGACCAGUUCAUAAACCCCAAGACCAAUCUCCGAACUGAUGUGUACGGAGGCUCAGCAGAGAACCGCGCGAGACUCCUCCUUGAUAUCCUGAAAGGAUGCCGAGAAGCCGUGCCGGCAACUUUCUGCAUCGGCGUUAAACUAAACUCGGCUGACCACAGCGCAGCGAAUCUCGAGGAUACAAUGACCCAGAUUAGGCUCCUUGUCGAUGCCGGGAUUGACUUUCUUGAAGUUAGUGGUGGGACUUAUGAAAAUCCACGGAUGGUAGAUGGCGACAAGCCCGCAAUCUCGCAAACGAAAUCCGCACGCACAGCAGCCCGCGAAGCAUUCUUCCUCGAUUUCGCAAAAGAAACCCGCAAGCGGUUCCCGAAUCUCGUGCUCAUGCUCACAGGAGGGUUUCGCAGCCGUGCUGGUGCAGAGGCUGCCAUAAAAGAGAAUGCGUGUGAUCUCGUCGGUAUCGCGCGCCCAGCAGCAGUUAAUCCGAGAUUUGCGGCAUUGCUUCUAGAUGAAGGUACCAGGGAUGAGGAUGCGCAGAUCUCUCUGGAUAAGGUGAGGCCUGGGUGGCUUCCUAAGCUUCUACGGAGUCAGAUCUUGGGGGCGGGGGCAGAGAGUACUUAUUAUGCGGACCAGAUUCAUCGGUUGGCCAAGGGACGGGCUACCGCUGUCCCAGGGCAUUGA